AUGGAAAUCCUGUGGAAGAAAGACUCUUUGGUUGUUAAUUAUAGCUUCAUUGGUCCUGGUUAUGUUGGCAUAAACAUCCUUUGGCAUGGUUAUAAUGUUAAUUUGGUCAAUAUUUACGCUCCGUGCAGUGUCAGUUUAAGGAGAGAGCUGUGGCAAACGCUUAUCGAUAGAAGAACAAAUAGUUUGAAUGAGGAAUGGUGUCUAGGUGGGGACUUUAAUGAAGUGUCUAGCAGUGAAGAAAGGAUAGGAGAGGGGACUUAUCAUAACCGGAAUGGGAUGGAGGAGUUUCGGGAUUUCAUUGAAAGGAUGUGUGUAGUUGACAUACCUUGCGUUGGAGGUAGAUUUUCUUGGUUUAAAGACAAUGGUAAGGCUAUGAGUCGUUUGGAUAGAUUUUUGAUUUUGAACAAAUUGAUAGUUUCUUGGGGGGUGAUUGACCAAAGGAUUGGUAGAAGAGACUUAUCGGACCACGCGCCUAUUCGCUUAUUUUGUGGUGAAAUCGAUUGGGGUCCAAAGCCUUUUAAGUUCAAUAAUGUUUGGCUUAAACAUGGAGACUUUAAGGAAUUCAUUUGUAACGAAUGGGCUUCUUUGAAGUUCGAGGGAAGAGGAGAUUUCAUAUUAUUUGAAAAGCUCAAAAAGCUUGAGAAUAGUAUUAUAACUUGGAACCGCGAGGUUUUUGGAUGGAUCGACCUAAGUGUUAAUAAAGAAGUGGAGAAAAUCAAUGCAAUGGAUAUCAUGAUAGCGGAUAAGUAUGGUGAUAACAUUGAGAACUUGGUGAAAGAUAGAAGAGGGCUCUCUAAGAGACAUCGUAGGAAUGCUAUUUCGGUGUUGGAGGGUGAGGAGGGUCACGUUGAAGGUGUUCAAGAGGUGAAGAAUGAAGUUAGAAACCAUUUCGAGAAUUAUUUCAAGGAAGGGGAUUUCCGUAGGGCUGUCCCGGAAGGCUUGGACCUCGCUUUUUUGAAUGAAGACGACAAAAUGUGGUUGCAAAGACCUUUUACGGAGGAGGAAAUUAAGAGUGCGGUUUAG